AUGCUUUCAUGGUCGGACUCCGAGGACAAGGCCACUUUCAGCUACAACAACACCCCGGCUGGAAGCCGUCGAGCGCUGUCCCCGCUGCCACCGACUACCAAAACCACAACCCAGCACAGGACGCCACCUCAGGCGUCUUCCUCGUCUUCCUCCUCUUCAUCCCACCUGCCUGCGCCCGCCAUGGAAGCUGGUCCUUCACGAAAACGGCCUCGAGCGCCCUCGUCGCCCAACACUUCGUCUGCUCUACUCCACGACUCGAAAACUCGUCGACACGCCUCUUCUCAACGAAACACUGGCCCUUCUAACCAGCCUGCUUCCGCUACUGCUCCCGACCCUGAUCUGCUUGGUUUUUUUGGCAUAGACGAAGAUGAUGAAUUCAUCGCACUAGAGGAGGAGCAGCGUAAAGCUGAGGCCUGGCUUAAAGAACGGCGAGAACAAGAGCGCAGAGACGAAGAGUUUGCUCGCACUUUGCAGGAGACCUGGGAUGAGACGUUACAUAAUUCGUCAAGAUCUGAUGAACAGGAUGAGAUUGUAUAUCGACCUCCUCCACCUCCUGCUCCGACAGCGAUGCUUCAGCGGCAAAACCCAACACCAAUUCAGGAAUAUACUCAGCCGCAUUUCACUCCACGGCCACAACUAGGAAGACAUGCAUCAACACUUAGUCCAAUGAGCGAACAGGCGAGGCCUAUGCUUCCUCCGCUUGGGCCUGUGUCAGCAUCCAGAUCGUCCUCUGGUUUCCCAGUUCCUUCGCGAAGCAGCGUUUUUGAGAGAAAAGACGCCAGCAAUUCCACAAGCUCCUGGCAGAAGACCGGCUUUGGUGGCCGCUCAUUUGGAUCCGGAUUCUCACAAAAUAAUGGGUCAAGAACUGAAGAACCCUGGCGUGCCACUCCAAAUAAUUAUAUCGAGUUGAGCAGUGAUAGUGAUGUAGAGGAUUCAUCGAAUUCAUUACCGAACAGGGCUCCGUCCGCGGCAGUCGGCAACAGUCCUAGGGCCAUGUAUAUUGCCCCAACUUACAAGGGAAAUCCAUACGGAAAUUCGAGUGUUGCGGGAUCUAGCGAACGGCUCCCUGGAGUUCACAGACUUGGACAGAUGUUUGGUCAGGGCCUAAGAACCUUUGACUUUAAUAGAAGUCUGGAAGAGUUAAACUAUCCACCUUCUAUGCGACCAUUUAUGACCAACCAAUGCCCACCAGGCUGCCUCUGUGGAAGAGAAGCAUCACAUGCCUAUUUAUCGGCAAGAUCACGGAUCGAUAGCUUACGGGAAAUGUAUGCCGUUGACGGACUGACUCCCGACGAAAUGAAAAAGGAGCUCAAGUCUCUCCUCGAGAACAUUCGUCCAGACCAAGAACUCGACCUCAACCGUGAAGGGACUCCAGAAGCGCUCAAAUUCCCACUUAUGGAGCACCAGAAACUGGGGCUAGCCUGGAUGAGAUCAAUGGAAGAAGGCUCAAACAAGGGAGGAAUUCUCGCGGAUGACAUGGGCCUCGGGAAGACGAUCCAGGCACUAGCCUUGAUGGUCUCUAGGCCCAGUACCGACCCUGCGCGCAAGACAAACCUUAUCAUCGCCCCGGUUGCUUUAAUUCAACAGUGGAAGCGCGAAAUUAACCGCAUGUUGAAACCAGGUUCUCAAAACCAGCUCUCCAUCUUCAUCCUACACGGAGAGCGCCGUUCAAUCAAAUUUCAGGACUUGCGGCGUUACGACGUUGUGUUGACUACAUUUGGCACUUUAGCAUCUGAACUCAAACGCAAGGAGCAGUGGAUGAAAUUCAAAAAGGACAACCCAACCGCUUAUCAAAAUCUCUCUAUUACACCCCUGGAUGAUAUGCCACUACUAGGUGAAAUUAGCAAGUGGUACCGAAUCAUCAUCGAUGAAGCACAGUGUAUUAAGAACCGCGGUACCAAGAGUGCUCAGGCAUGCUAUGAACUCCAAUCGAUCUAUAGGUGGUGUAUGAGUGGCACUCCAAUGAUGAAUAAUGUGCAAGAGCUCUACUCCUUGAUAUGUUUCCUCCGAAUUGGACCGUACAACAAGCUCGAGCGGUUCAAUAGCACAUUUACAAGACCCCUGAAAAAUGAUACAAACGCAGUCCAAAGUACGGCUAUGAAGAAACUCCAGGCUCUUCUCAAAGCAAUCCUUCUCCGCCGCACCAAAUCGUCCAAAAUAGAUGGAAAACCGAUUCUUCAACUUCCUCCUCGUGUCACUGAAAAAGUGCAUACCAUCUUCAGCUCAGAUGAGCAAGAAUUCUACAAGGCUCUUGAAACCCAGUCACAACUUCAGUUCAAUAGAUAUCUCCAGGCUGGCACUGUUGGGAGAAAUUAUUCGAAUGUGCUUGUUUUACUAUUGCGAUUGCGCCAGGCUUGCUGCCAUCCGCAUCUAAUUAAUGAUUUCGCAGUCAAUCUUGUCACCAAUUCAGGAGAAAUUGACCUCAUUGCUAACGCCAAAAAGCUUGACAAUACUGUCGUUGAACGACUCAAGGCGCAAGAGGCCUUGGAAUGUCCAGUUUGCAUAGACGUGGCUGAAAACGCAGUUAUCUUCUUUCCUUGUGGUCACAGCACCUGUGCAGAAUGCUUUGCAAGGAUCUCAGAUCCCGCGCAAGGAUUGAUGCAGGGCAAUGAUGGGACAAUAGAGGUUAAAUGUCCUUCCUGUCGGGCCAAGAUUGACCCCAAGAAGGUUACAGACCAUGCAUCCUUCCAGAAAGUCCAUGUCUCGGGUGAAAACACAACUGCUGAAGAUGGAAAGUCUGUUGGACAAGCUGAUGAUACGGCGGAUAGCGACAGCGACAGCGACGAUGAUAACAGGGGCACGCUCAAUGGCUUUAUCGUCCGGGAUAGAGACGAAGAAAGAAGCAAAAAGGGCAAAGGGAAAGCCAAACCGAAGAAAACUCUUGCUGAGCUAAAAAAGGACGCCCAGCGUAACGUCAAGGCCAAACGCAAAUACCUUCGCACCCUUGAUAAACGGUGGGAAACCAGUGCCAAAGUCGAUAAGACAAUUGAAAUUCUACAAUCACUACGUGAUUCAGGGGACGAGAAGACUAUCAUAUUCAGCCAGUUUACUUCCCUUCUUGACCUUAUCGAAGUUCCUAUCAACCGACGAGGCUGGAACUACAGGCGUUAUGACGGCAGUAUGAAACCAGCAGACCGCAACGACUCCGUCCUCGACUUUACCGAUAACCCAGACUGCCGUAUCAUGCUUGUCUCGCUCAAAGCUGGUAACUCCGGCCUCAAUCUCGUUGCUGCCUCGCAAGUUAUUAUUCUUGAUCCUUUCUGGAACCCAUAUAUUGAGGACCAGGCCAUUGAUCGUGCUCAUCGUAUUGGGCAAUUAAGACCUGUUAUGGUUCAUAGACUUUUGAUUGAAAACACAGUCGAAGAUCGAAUUAUUGCUCUCCAAGAUAAGAAGAGACAGAUUAUAGAGGGCGCUUUAGAUGAGAAAGCAAGCUCUAACGUUGGCAGACUGGGUGUCCAGGAAUUGAACUUCCUAUUCAACGGCCAUCAGUAG